UUAGAUAACAAACCUGUAUAUAAGAUAAUGUUUCAAAACAAUUUGACAUACAGUUCGAAACUAUCUGUCUAUUCGUUAAACCCUGUUUGUACAAUAUGGGUUUCAAAAUCGCUUGCUUAGUCCUGACGCUGGCUUUAGCCUGCUACGGAUUCCCUCACUACGGCGGAGGUGGCUACGGUGGUAGCAAAGGUGGUUACGGCGGCAACCAAGGUGGUUUCGGUGGAAACCAAGGUGGUUUCGGCGGCAAUCAAGGAGGUUUCGGCGGCAACCAAGGUGGCUACGGCGGCAACCAAGGUGGUUAUGGUGGCGGCCCCCAGGGCGGUUUCGGUGGACCCCAAGGCGGUUUCAACAGUCCCCAAGGCGGUUUUGGCGGUCCCCAAGGCGGAUUUGGACAGAGCGGGCCUAGCUUCGGUCAAGGCACACAGGGAUUGCCGCAACACGGAUCAAACAUUCCUUCGGGAGCCUUUGGUCCUGGCCAGGGUGGUUUUGGCGGACCUGGAUCUCAUGGAAGUAGCAGUGGAUUUGGAGGACCAAGUGGCAACAGUGGCUUUGGGUCUGGAGGCUCAGGAGGCUACGGAGGUCACAGCGGCCACCACGGAGGUUACAAAACACAUGGCUGGGAUAUUUCAAAACAAUUCGACAUAUACUGUGAAACUAUCGUGCUAUUUGUUAAUCUCUGUUUGAACAAUAUGGCUUUCAAAAUCGCUUGCUUGGUCCUGGCAUUGGCUGUAGCCUGCUAUGGAUUCCCUCACUACGGUGGAGGUGGCUACGGCGGCAACCAAGGCGGUUAUGGAGGCAGCAAGGGUGGAUUCGGCGGCAACGAGGCUAGUUUCGGCAGCCACCAGGGUUACACUAGUUCCCAAGGCGGAUACGGCAGUGCCCAAGGCGGUUUUGCCAAUCCCCAAGGAGGUUUCGGCAGUCCCCAAGGCGGAUUCGGUGGACCCCAAGGUGGAUUUGGACAAAGCGGACCUAGCUUCGGACAAGGCACACAAGGAUUCCCCCAACACGGAUCUAACAUUCCUCAGGGAGCCAACCAGGGUUUUGGACCGGGAGGUCCUGGUAGCUUCGGACCUGGCCAAGGUGGUUUUGGCGGACCUGGACCUCAAGGUGGGUUUGGGGGGCAAGGUCCUAGUAGUGGUUGUGGGAUUGGCCAUGGGUCCGAAGGUCACGGCGACCAUGGCUCUGAAGGCCACGGAGGACACAGCCACCACCACCAUGGCGGUUACAAACACCAUGGCUAUUAGAUUGAAUGACUGGCGGAAUUAUUGAGUUACCUAUAUGAUGUUUAACUUAUUGUGUUUUACUGUGAUAAAUAAAGAAGUUGGAUUUUAGUUUAAGUAA